GGCUUUGGAUGUCGCCAUAUUUUCCCCUUAUUUUCAGCGGCAGUCUUCUGGUCCCACUUUUACCGCACUUUACUCCUUAUAUACAUACAAACCUUACAACUCUUUUCUAAAGCCCCACAAAAACUUCCUUCCCUAUCACCAUGAAUAAAGUUUUUGCUUUUUCAAUUCUCUUUCUGUUCCUCCUUCCCGUUUUAGUUUCUUCUGAAUGUACGUGCGAUGAAGAUUCUGAAGACCGGAACAAAAUCGAAGCAUUGAAGUACAAAUUGGUAGCGGUCGCUUCGAUUUUAAUAGCCGGCGGCAUAGGCGUAUCGAUUCCGUUUCUCGGUAAGAUAAUUCCAGCUUUUCAUCCCGAAAACAAUGUAUUUUUCCUGAUCAAGGCUUUUGCGGCCGGGGUGAUUCUGGCGACGGGAUUUGUUCAUAUACUACCGGAUGCAUUCGAGAGCUUGUCUAGCCCUUGUCUUCCUGAAAAUCCAUGGGGUGAUUUCCCUUUCGCUGGACUUAUAGCUAUGAUUUCCGCCAUCGGGACAAUGAUGGUGGAUUUAUUGGCUACAAGCUUUUACAGGAAAGCGAAUCUUACGAAGCAAAAACCUGUGAAUAGUGACGAAGAAAAAGAGGGAGGUCAUGUACAUGUGCAUACACAUUCAACUCAUGGACAUGCUCAUGGCUCUGUUAUACUGUCUUCGGAGGGUUCUGACGAAUUGGAUUUAUCUCGUCGGAGAGUUAUCUCACAGGUAUUGGAAUUGGGAAUUUUGGUGCAUUCAGUAAUAAUUGGUGUAUCUUUGGGUGCCUCAGAAUCUCCCAAGACAAUUAAGCCACUUGUAGCUGCAUUAACUUUCCAUCAGCUCUUUGAAGGCAUGGGUUUAGGUGGCUGCAUCACUGAGGCCAGAUUCAAUGUAAAGAAAACUGCAGCAAUGGCAAUUUUCUUCUCCUUGACAACACCAAUUGGAAUCGCAAUUGGUUUUGCAAUAUCAACAGUGUAUAGUGAGAGCAGUCCAACUGCACUCAUAGUUGAGGGUGUUUUCAAUUCUGCUGCUGCUGGAAUUUUGAUUUACAUGGCUUUAGUGGAUCUCCUUGCAGCUGAUUUUAUGAGCAGUAAAAUGCAAGAUAGUCCAAAACUUUUGAUGGGAGCUAAUGUAUUUCUUCUUUUUGGGGCUGCUUGUAUGUCACUUUUGGCUAAGUGGGCCUAAAACUAAAUCUUAGAUAUAAUAUCCACAAUCAAAUUUUAUCUUGGAAUUAAAGUCCUUAGAGUUGGAGCAUAGAAAAUAAACAAGAUUUUGAUUCUUUUUCUCUA